AUGGUUUCACUGCUAAAAAGACCGUCUGGUGCAUCAAGGCUGGAAUGGCAGAAGUUUCUGCAACAAUGUGUCCUCCAAAGAAUCAGCACGAAUGAGUUUCAUGAGCUAGCCAAAGUGAUGCUACGCCGCCACCCUGUUCCACACAUGGACCUCUUCAAUAUUAUCCUAGAGUCAAGGGCAGUUACAGAUUUUGACUGGGACCCGUUAAUACCGGAUUAUGUGGAUGCCGUCCAAAAGCUGACACAGGUCGACCUAUUUACGAUUUUGCCAUCUCUUCUGGCUCACUCAAGCAUUAAAGCCGACAUUCGGCGCUGGAAGAAACAAAAUCAUACACAAAACCACGAUGAAAAACCAAAAAUUGACGAGAAAGGUCCUACGGAACCAGCAGGUUCACAAGGGCCAGCUACUUUAUUGACGGAUUAUGGGAUCAUGCAGAAUGUGAUUACAGCUGUGACCACAGGCCAUUCUCCAAAGACAGCUCUUGGGUUCAUGGACACUUGCUCUGCCAUAGCUGAUUGGAUCCUAGCUCUGGUGUCAUGGAAUGCUCAUCUCGGGUCGGAGAAGGGUGAGGGUAGUGGAACACAGUUGCUGGGUACCCCAGAUGUGGUUUCUAUUUUCAUCGCUGUCGGGUUUCUUUUUGGAGCCCUAGCUGGCACAGAAGUCGGUGCAAACGCACUAUCAUUUCAACAUGCAGAAACCUUUAAACACCAACGAACGAAACUAGCCCGAGCUUUGACAGCGUACUCUCCCAUCUGCGCUGAGAUUUCUAUUCCCUUACGAAAUAGGCUUGACCAAUUACAGAAGGAAUUCAACAUUUUUUUGAAAGACGAAAAGUCAAACCAAGACCAUGUCAUAGAGGAUACGACUGUUUCUACCAUGGAAUUUGAAUCUAGGGUUGUGGACAUUCCUCCUGUAAGCUCUAGGGCUGGGUUGUACAUAUAUGUCAACUCUCUGCUCGUAGGGCGACCGUUAAUAGACGAUAACCUUCUUAUUAAUUACCUAAAUAAUCGCUACGGGGGGAACCACAUGGCACUCGUCGAAGAACUUAUCACGGCAUCAUUUGAUGUCCUGUCAAACGGAAUGUACCGGAACGAGCCACAACAAACCAUGUUUCUCUUCCGAGCAUUUCUCGUUAAUAAGCUCCCUCCGUUCCUGUCGGACCUAGCGGGAUCAGUGGUAGAGCCAAUACCAGUUGAACUAUGUAUCACCCGUGCUUUAGCACGGGUAGACCCAAACACAUUCCCAUCAUUUUCCGAAAUAUUCUCCACUCAUGGUAAUUCAGUUCUAUCUGAUGUGAGACAAGAGUUUCUUUUCUCGUGUGCCUUGCAUAAAUUAAUACCCGAGUCAAGCAUUGAACGCCUCUUGGGAGAGAACCCGAUGCAAACUUUACCAAACGGAGGAAGAUUCAUCAAGCACGACUUAGUGUCUCAGAUAAACAAUAACCAUGAACGAGCGGAACAAUUACUGAAUGGUAUCGAGUCGAUGGAUGGUAACGCACGAGCAAUUGUUGAAGCUAUAGCUGAGGUGAUGCAUAAUAUGUGCCUGAGAAAAGACACCAUGACGUUGAAAAGUUUAUGCAAUUCCUUGUCACGUAGGCCCCAGGCACUGGACAUUAUGCUACUGUUUAAGAGCCCACAGGCUAUACUGCAACCUCUUUGUGCUUUACUGGACUCCUGGAAAUGGGAUGAAGACCAAGUGGAAAGCCAACCUGUCUACGACGAAUUCGGAAGUGUUCUUCUCCUGGUACUUGCUUUCAAGUACAAAUAUGAUCUGAGUUACCAGGAUCUUGGAGUUUUCAACCCAGAUUCCUUUAUGUGUCGAUUACUCGAGAAAGGGGCCUCAAGCCAAAAGCUGGAGGAUUUGACGGAGAAACAGCAGCAGAACCUUGGGGCGUGGAUCACAGCCUUAUUUAUUGCCGAAGGGAUUAGUGACGAAUCCAUGUCCUCUUGUAGCCCGCAAGAAUUUUAUCUUCUGGUUGCUACGCUAUUCUGCCAGAGCUUGAGCGCGUGUGAGGCUGGGAAGCUGGAGUUUGACACCCUCAAAGGUGGAUUUGAGUUGCAUUGGAUUAACGGGCUAGAAGACCUCUUAGAACCAUUCUUAUUACCAUCAUUGGUGAUGGCUCUAUCGUGGAUAGGCAAACAUAUUUGGAAGUCUGGUACCGACUUAACUACCACCCUUAGGCUUCUAGCUACCCUUGUAAAGCCUACCUCUAUAUCCGGAGAGGCUCAGGAAAUCCAUCGUACUGUGCUAUCCAUCACUGCGCGGGCACUUGCAGAUGAGUUGAGAACCGCAAAAACCCGUCACCCCUCAAGAACAGACAUUGAUCCCAUUCUUCAAGCACUUGAGCCGUAUCAAUCUUUCCAACGAACGGGCACAUCCAAUCGUGCGGAACUAGAAGGGUGGAGGUCCAGUUCUGCCCCCGGUGGAAUGGUCACUGGGAUCCGAAACACAUUCUCGUCCCUGGUACUAUGGAGCACAGAUCCUGAGAUCAGUAUGACUCCCCCAAGCUAUACCCAUAGGCAACUAUUAGCUGGAUUGAAGCAUCUAGGUUCUGUCCGAGUUUUAGUUGGAAUACUCGAAGAGCUUAAGUUGCAAAGUGAAACGGGUAGUGGUGAUCUGGCCAUUGAUAUUGCUGCAACAUUGAUAUGUGCGCCGAUGGGUGAAUGUUUCUCAUGGGAACAGGCUACAUAUCAAUCUGUUGGUGGGACCUUGAAGGACUCAUUACCUCGCAGCCAGAUGCUAAACCUCAGAGAUGCGCUUAAUCUCCAGAGAGAGUCUCUCGCCAAGAUGAUAGAAUCCGAACCACAUCGAGCUGAGCUUGUUAUUCGGCUGGCUAGACGUGUCGAUGCUCUUACAUCUAUUCCUCAAAUACCCCAGGCGGUUGACAAUAUUGACGUUGGCAAUAUCAUGGCAGAUAUGGAUCUUACAGGGGUAGAAGAAGACGGACAGAUGCAACUGGACGUGGGUCAACAAGCGGAGCAACAAGGCCAGCAGCAACAAAACCUCGCUACUACAGGCACUGAUGCAACUCAUGGCACUCUAGAUGCAAUUCUGGAUGCGGCUACGGCAGAAGGAGUGACUGGGCCUCCCGCUGGGUCUGAUGUGACAAUGGCUCAGCCAGACAUUGACGCAAGCAUUUUUGAUGAUAUGUUAAACCCUACAGAUAUGGGUGUCGGAAACCCAGAAUUCAUUGACUUGGAUAUGGAGGGGAUGUUUUAA